AUGCACCGCAAAAUUGAGCUCCAAUCCCCUGCAGACUUCACCUAUCUCUACGCAAACGCCGUCGCUGUCUCACGCCAAAAGCUCGAUCUCCAUUUACCCCCAUCAGCCAAUGCAAACGAUGGACCGGAUCCGAUGCGCGAGCGAGUCCGCGAAUUAGUCGAUGAGUUCAUUACGCGUACCUUCACAUCAGCCUCCUCAUCCAUCAGUAUCAAUGGACUGGAUUCAUCAUCGUCUCAAUUCCCCUUUCCGGCUUCAUUUACCGCGCCCACGGAGACCAUCGAAUACGAACCAUAUGAUACGGUGCUUGCGUCGCGGGUGACGGCACUCUACGCGCAACUGGAAUCGCUCACGACAACGGUUGCGCAGGCGAGACGAGAUGCGCCGCGGCGAGCGGCAAAGAUAUACACGGAGCAAUUGAAGAAGGCACUCGAAGAGGACGAACAGGAACUUGGUGAGGAGGACGAGGAUUUCGACCACCCGAAAGGUGCGGGUGAGAACAUGACGGAUAAACAGGGGGCAGAGAAAUUAGAGCCUGAUGUUGUUGUCCCUUCUACAGGAGACGGGGAUGUUGCUAUGCCGGAUGCGGAUCAACAAUCGAAGAAACGGAGUCUGGACGACAAGUUGACUAGUGGUCCGUCGCGUCGGAAGUCCCGUAAAGCUCAGUGGGAUCUACAGGUUCCUUUGGGAACGGAACGUGAGGCCGAGCGGUGGCGUAAUGGGGAAGUAGCCGAGGUCUAUGAGGAUGCAUUGCGCACUCUGCUUCGACUCCAGGGUGAAGCGGUACCAGGUGAUAGUGCUGAUUCUACUGCUCACGAGGAGUCUGCAGCAGAUGGGAAUGCUUUGGCAUCGACUGUAGGCAAAACCGAACGAGCUAUUCAGGCCGUGGAUGUUGUGGAGAAAGUUUGA